GCUUCUCAUCAUUCCAAUCUCCAUCCCUCUCUCUCUCUCUCUCUCUCACUCACACACACACAAACAAACACACAAAGAAAGAGGGUUCAAGAACUAGCUAUAAGAUGAAGGUUCACUUUGCAGCACUGCUUCUGCUCACCCUUGUUCUGAGUUCUUCACUCAUGGACACCACAAUGGCACUUGCAAGUUAUUGUGAGGAGAAAUGUGGAGUGAGGUGUUCAAAGGCAGGAGUGAAGGACAGAUGCCUCAAGUACUGUGGAAUCUGCUGUGAGGAGUGCAAAUGUGUGCCUUCUGGUACCUAUGGGAACAAGCAUGAGUGCCCUUGCUACAGGGACAAGAAAAACUCCAAAGGCAAACCUAAAUGCCCUUGACCAUUUUAACCCAACCCCACAAUCACCAGAUUUCAUCCAUCUCCCUUUCUAGUGUGGGACUAAUAAUAUAUAUUUGCAGUAUGAUUCUCUC